GUCGUGCAGGGCCAUUUCGUUGCCAUUUUGUGUGAUGCACUUUGAAUAAAUUGGAGCAGGUUCUUUUGCUGUGUUUCACAACGCAAGAACAUCUUCUUGCAAUAAUGGCGCGUUUCCACUCGCAGACGCUGUGCGCACAUCUGUUUCUUGCAUAUGCAUCGCUUGCAGCCGGUCGGCGAGGGCUCCUGGGCACAGGAUGCCCUGCGGGCAAUGGCACGGUGGUGACGCAGAAGAGCAACACUGCAACGGAGUACACGUUCUUCGUGGGUGGAUGCCCCGAGUACAGCCCCUAUGGGCAGAAGACGCCCAACACACCUAGCUGGACGAACAGGACGAUCACGCUCCGCAAGACCCCAGUGCUGGCCUCCUCUGUCACGUACAUCGGGCGCAAUGCCAGCGGCAACACAGCCAACACAAACAUGAUCAUGGGGUUUGUGGGGUUCGCGGUCAACAGUGUGGCAAUCUACAACGAUGCCAACGCGGACGGCGCCGAUGCGUACGUGAUGGAGAAAGCAACCAUGGACACCUGCCGCGGCCAUGCAGCUCCCAACAACGGCGAAUACCACUAUCACAGCGAGCCCGGCAUGGGCUGUGCGUACACGGACACUGCCGGCAAGCACUCGCCCCUGUACGGCAUCAUGCUGGACUCCAUCCCCAUCUACGGCGCGUACGGCGACAACGGCGUGGCCCCCGCUGACCUGGACGAGUGCGGCGGCCACACGGAUGCCACCUACUCCUUCUACCACUACCACGUCACUGCGAACCUCGCCCCGCCUUACGUAAUCCGCUGCUUCCGCGGCUGCGUGUUCAAUGCCAACGGCAAUCCCUCGAUGUCAUCUAUCUCGGGCCUGAUCAAGACGGACGCCACGUGCGUCAAGGCUGCGAAACAGUACGACUACUCCAGCUUUGCCAACCCCUUCUGGCCCUCGGCGGCCUCAACUGCCGCGGCCACUGCAAACACCACCGCCUUGCCUUCGCCUGCCGGCAGCACCGGGACCACCACAGGGACCACCACAGGGACCGGCACUACAGCCUCUCCAUCCCCAGUUGCCGGCUCGACCACCACCACUACAAUAACAACGACAACCACAGGCGGCGCAGCUAGUCCAGCUCCAAGCGGCACCACAGGCGGAGCUGCCCCACCGCCGCCCGCCGGCACCAACCGUGCGGCCGCGGCUCGCGCGAGCGCAUGGUUGCUGGCCCUGAGCCUGGCCGUCGCGGGUUGGGCCUCUGCCGGCGUUCUGUAACUGGCCAGGAGCAAGGCCAGGAGCUGGCGUACAUAGGAAAGGGGUUGGGAAUCUGUUGAAGUUGGUUGCUAUUGGCCGGAGAGCAUUGCAAGUGUUAGAAGCAGACGCCCCUCAUCAUAUGUUGUACACAUGCAGUCAGGCCGUGUGGAUUCACAAGAUUGGACAUUGGUAUUCAUCCCUUGCGCUUGCAGCCGUGUGAGGUUGCCAUUCUGAGCAGGCGGGUCGCACCAAGCGCCCCACCUCUGGCUUACGAGCAAUGAAUUUAGUAAUGCGUGUCAAGGUGUGAUACUGGUUUGGCACGCGGCAGUGCUGUACGUAACUGGAGCGUCGCCAGUUACCCUCUGCAUCAUGCAGCACCCCCAUAGUGCACUGAUAAUAAGCAGCAAGAUAUUUUGGCCUGGGUCCCUAGCCCCUGAGCGGCUGGGAUCUACGUCAAGAAGUCAAGCGUGGUUGAUUGUGGGGGCCCGCCGGCCCGGGGCCGUAGCUGGUCUGGGGCCAAGCCCGCUGAAGUAAGUCCAUGUUUA